CAAACAGACAGCUCCCUGCGUCUUCCGCUCCAAACAGAACUUCUUCGCCUUCUCUGUCUUCUUCGCCUUUCCCCUUCUUUCAUUUAUUUUCAUUUACUUUUCUGAUUCGAUUACCCAACGUUUCGUUUCGAACCCACCACCUCAUUUCACGUCAUUUCUUUCUCUUCCUCUCGUUUUCUCAGAUACCCACAUUCGGAUUUGUGUUCUUUCAAUUUCAUUAGGCCCCCGGGACAUCCAUUUAAUUCCUGGAUAUUACACUACAGCUCCAUCCUUAAAGUGGACUCAUUGAGUUGCUGUUCUGUAUUAACACGAAAGAUAGAGCGAUUUCCCAAUGCUCAGUUUUGGUAGGUCGAGAAAUCAAUCGAGGUUCAGUAGAUCUGUGUCGUUUGGAGGUAUGUAUUAUCCAGAUCCAAAACCGAAGAACAAUUUUGUAGGAAAGAUCAUUUUGGCUGCAUUACUUACAGCAAUUUGUAUUAUUAUGCUCAAGCAAUCCCCAAACUUUAGCACCCCAACUCCGUUUGCAACGCAACAACUAGGAGUCACUCAUGUUCUAGUAACAGGAGGUGCAGGAUAUAUCGGCUCGCACGCUGCCCUUCGACUACUGAAAGACUCGUACCGUGUAACAAUAGUGGACAACCUAUCCCGAGGCAAUCUAGGUGCUGUGAAGGUGUUGCAAGAAUUGUUUCCAGACUAUGGAAGGCUUCAGUUCAUCUAUGCUGACUUGGGAGAUGCAAAAUCUGUUAAUAAAAUAUUUUCGGAGAACGCUUUCGAUGCCGUUAUGCAUUUUGCAGCGGUUGCAUAUGUCGGGGAAAGCACCCUUGAUCCGCUGAAGUAUUAUCACAAUAUUACUUCAAAUACAUUGACAGUAUUAGAAUCAAUGGCAGCACAUGGUGUGAAGACAUUGAUAUAUUCUAGUACUUGUGCUACUUAUGGAGAGCCAGAAACAAUGCCCAUCACUGAAGAAACCCCCCAGGCCCCGAUUAAUCCUUAUGGAAAAGCCAAGAAGAUGGCAGAAGAUAUCAUCCUUGACUUUUCAAAAGAUUCAAAGAUGGCAGUCAUGAUCUUAAGAUACUUCAAUGUGAUUGGUUCUGAUCCAGAGGGUAGACUAGGGGAAGCUCCUAGACCCGAGCUUCGUGAGCACGGACGCAUUUCUGGUGCUUGUUUCGACGCUGCUCGUGGCAUUGUUUCUGGGCUUAAGGUCAAAGGAACAGACUACAAAACACAUGAUGGGACUUGCAUACGUGAUUAUAUCGACGUCACCGAUCUCGUGGAUGCUCACGUUAAAGCGUUGGAGAAGGCAACCCCUGGAAAAGUCGGAAUCUACAAUGUCGGAACGGGGAAAGGCCGAUCGGUGAAGGAGUUCGUCGAGGCGUGCAAGAAGGCAACUGGGGUAGACAUCAAAGUCGACUAUCUCCCUCGUCGACCGGGCGACUAUGCCGAAGUAUUUAGCAACCCAACUAAGAUCAAGAACGAACUGAACUGGACGGCGCAACACACGGAUCUUCAAGAGAGUUUAGAGGUGGCUUGGAGGUGGCAAAAAUCACAUGUCAAUGGCUAUGGAAACUCUUUGGUUAUGUCUUCUUGAAGCACAUUGAUAUCAGAUGAUGGCAGCUAGUAGCAGACAAAGAGUGACAGUGGGAGGUUCAUUUGUGGUUCUACUGACUUACAAGUAGGAGAAGAUACCAUUACUUUACAUUUUUGUAGGCUCUAUUUUACAAUAUUGUUUGUUGGUAUAGAUAGCCAUUCCAUUUGUUAUUAUGUAUUGGAUAUCAUUGGUUAUAUUAAUAAUGAAUGCAUCAUAGGGGUAGCCCGGGGUACCGCCUUCUCGGAUCA